AUGCCACUCGUCAAGCUCUACUCCACUCCUGCACUGCUGCUGCUGCUGGUGCUCACCUGCUCUGUAUGGGAGGUCAGCCGGUCUCUGCCAGUGAAGGGCAAAGAACCGAUGACAGACUCUUGUGUUUUAAACGCACAAACGCUUCUACGCAGCAUCACUGAUGUGCUACACAACAGCAGUGAUGGACAGAGAAACCUGUUCAGUGGAAUCGACUGCAUGAUGCUGAACAUGGAGCUGAACACGGAGACCAGCACGCCGUCCGUGUGUGCCCCAAAGGGAUCAAAAUGCUCUGGGAGCAAUAAACUUGAAUUUGAUCAGGAUUCAUGUAUGAUGAACAUGAAGAAGGACCUGAACCACUACUACAGAUUCCUCGCAGCUCAUCCGGACCCAGACAGUUUGCUUGGUCCGACUGUUCUGCUCAGCCUCAGAGAGCUGAUGGAGACCUGCUUCAAGUUGCCUCUGCCGGCAGAUUUACAGACGGCUGCUGCGGGCCGUGGGAGCACCUACGAGGAGAGACUGAGCCUGUGCAAAGUGCUGAAGGGCUUCCAGGUCCGCGCCAUCACCAUCAACCGAGUCAUUGGAUACAUGACCUCCGGUGAACACACUAACUGAGCUCCGACACGAGAAUCAUCUGGAAGCUACGUAGAACCACUUUACACGCAAAUGACAUAAACUACAGUAACGCUUCACGUUACGUUUAAAUAGUCUCUGUUAUGACAGAAAACACUGAAAUCUGCUUAAGAAUUGUUUUAAGGGUUCAUAUUUAUUCUCUUUAUAUCAGUAUGGAAAUUCUAUUUAACAUCCAGUGGAUGUGUGAGAAUACAUUUCUUUU